AACAGACUAAACUCGGAGCCCCAAAAGCAGUGCAUUCAGUGUAGGCAAAGAGAACACGCUGCAAAAGCCUUUCCAAGAAUCCUCUGACAUGGCAAGGAGAAGCUCCUUCCAGUCGUACCAGAUAAUAUCCCUGUUCACUUUUGCCAUUGGAGUCAAUAUCUGCUUAGGAUUCACUGCACAUCGAAUUAAGAGGGCAGAAGAAUGGGAUGAAGGUCCUCCUACAGUGUUAUCAGACUCCCCUUGGACCAACACCUCUGGAUCUUGCAAGGGCAGAUGCUUUGAACUUCAAGAGGUUGGACCUCCUGAUUGUCGGUGUGACAACUUGUGUAAGAGCUACAUCAGUUGCUGCCAUGACUUUGAUGAGCUCUGUUUGAAGACAGCUCGUGGCUGGGAGUGUACGAAGGACAGAUGUGGAGAAGUAAGAAAUGAAGAAAAUGCCUGUCACUGCUCAGAGGACUGCUUGGCCAGGGGAGAUUGCUGUACUAAUUACCAAGUGAUUUGCAAAGGAGAGUCGCAUUGGGUAGAUGAUGACUGUGAGGAAAUAAAGGCCCCAGAAUGCCCUGCAGGGUUUGUUCGCCCUCCAUUAAUCAUCUUCUCUGUGGACGGCUUCCGUGCAUCAUACAUGAAGAAAGGCAGCAAGGUCAUGCCUAACAUUGAAAAACUGAGAUCUUGUGGCACACAUUCUCCCUAUAUGAGGCCUGUGUACCCAACAAAAACCUUUCCUAACUUAUACACUUUGGCCACUGGACUGUAUCCAGAAUCACAUGGAAUUGUUGGCAAUUCAAUGUAUGAUCCUGUAUUUGAUGCUACUUUCCAUCUGCGAGGGCGAGAGAAAUUUAAUCAUAGAUGGUGGGGAGGUCAACCGCUAUGGAUUACAGCCACCAAGCAAGGGGUGAAAGCUGGAACAUUCUUUUGGUCUGUUGUCAUCCCUCACGAGCGGAGAAUAUUAACCAUACUGCAGUGGCUCAGCCUGCCAGAUAACGAGAGGCCUUCCGUCUAUGCCUUCUAUUCUGAACAACCUGAUUUCUCUGGACACAAAUAUGGCCCUUUUGGCCCUGAGAUGACAAAUCCUCUGAGGGAAAUUGACAAAACUGUGGGGCAAUUAAUGGAUGGACUGAAACAACUAAAGCUGCACCGGUGUGUCAAUGUCAUCUUUGUUGGAGACCAUGGAAUGGAAGAUGUCACAUGUGAUAGAACUGAGUUCUUGAGCAAUUAUCUGACUAAUGUGGAUGAUAUUACUUUAGUGCCUGGAACUCUAGGAAGAAUUCGAUCCAAAUUUAGCAAUAAUGCUAAAUAUGACCCUAAAGCCAUUAUUGCUAAUCUCACAUGUAAAAAACCAGAUCAGCACUUUAAACCUUACAUGAAACAGCACCUUCCCAAACGCUUGCACUACGCCAACAACAGAAGAAUUGAGGAUAUCCAUUUAUUGGUGGACCGCAGGUGGCAUGUUGCAAGGAAACCUUUGGAUGUUUACAAGAAACCAUCAGGAAAAUGUUUUUUCCAGGGAGACCAUGGAUUUGAUAACAAGGUCAACAGCAUGCAGACUGUUUUUGUAGGUUAUGGCCCAACAUUUAAGUACAAGACUAAAGUACCUCCAUUCGAAAACAUUGAACUUUACAAUGUUAUGUGUGAUCUCCUGGGAUUGAAACCAGCUCCUAAUAAUGGGACCCAUGGAAGUUUGAAUCAUCUCCUGCGUACUAAUACCUUCAGGCCAACCAUGCCAGAGGAAGUUGCCCGACCCAAUUAUCCAGGGAUUAUGUACCUUCAGUCUGAUUUUGACCUGGGCUGCACCUGUGAUGAUAAGGUAGAGCCAAAGAACAAAUUGGAUGAACUCAACAAACGCCUUCAUACAAAAGGGUCUACAGAAGAGAGACAUCUCCUUUAUGGACGACCUGCAGUGCUUUAUCGGACCAGAUAUGAUAUUUUAUAUCAUACUGACUUUGAAAGUGGUUAUAGCGAAAUAUUCCUAAUGCCCCUCUGGACAUCAUAUACUGUUUCCAAACAGGCUGAGGUCUCUGGCAUUCCCGAGCAUCUGACGAAUUGUGUGCGGCCUGACGUCCGUGUUUCUCCGAGUUUCAGUCAGAACUGUUUGGCCUACAAAAAUGAUAAGCAGAUGUCCUACGGAUUCCUCUUUCCUCCUUAUCUGAGCUCUUCUCCAGAGGCUAAAUAUGAUGCAUUCCUUGUAACCAACAUGGUUCCGAUGUAUCCUGCUUUCAAACGGGUCUGGAAUUAUUUCCAAAGGUUAUUGGUGAAGAAAUAUGCCUCAGAAAGAAAUGGAGUUAAUGUGAUAAGUGGACCAAUUUUUGACUAUGACUACGAUGGCUUACAUGACACAGAGGACAAAAUAAAGCAGUAUGUGGAGGGCAGUUCCAUUCCCGUGCCGACACACUACUACAGCAUCAUCACCAGCUGCCUGGAUUUCACUCAGCCUGCUGACAAGUGUGACGGCCCUCUCUCUGUGUCCUCCUUCAUACUUCCUCACCGGCCCGACAAUGACGAGAGCUGCAAUAGCUCAGAGGAUGAAUCGAAAUGGGUAGAAGAACUCAUGAAGAUGCACACAGCUCGGGUGAGGGACAUCGAACAUCUCACCAGUCUGGAUUUCUUCAGAAAGACCAGCCGCAGCUAUCCAGAAAUUCUGACACUCAAGACAUACCUGCAUACAUAUGAGAGCGAGAUUUAACUUUCUGAUCAUCUUCAGUGCAGUCUUAUCAACUGGUGUAUAUUUUUAUAUUGUUUUUGUAUUUAUUAAACCAGAACCUUAAAAAAUGUUAGUAUUUUAAUCCUGUACCAGAUCUGACAUAUUAUGCCUGAAUGACUCCACUGUUUUUCUCUAAUGCUUGAUUUAGAUAGUCUUGUGUUCUAAGUAGAGCUUGUAAUAAAUACUGCAGCUUGAGUUUUUAGUGGAAGCUUCUAAAUGGUGCUGCAGAUUUGAUAUUUGCAUUGAGGAAAUAUUAAUUUUCCAAUGCACAGUUGCCACAUUUAGUCCUGUACUGUAUCGAAACACUGAUUUUGUAAAGUUGCAUUCAUUUGCUGUUAACUAUGACAGACAUAUUUAAGCCUUAUAAACCGAUCUUAAACAUAAUAAAUCACACAUUCAGUU